CUGAAGGCGACGAGGAGAAGGAGCUGCUGCCAAUUGUCCUCGCCUCGACUCCCUCACCAUUCAUCAUACCAAGCAAGUCAGUCGCAGGCUCACAGCGAGCGAUUGUCGGUAUCCCCCUCCCCCUCCUCCUUCACACCUUCCUGCGCCUCGCUGUCUCAACGUCAGCUGUCGGCUUCCAUCGCCUACAAGUCACAGGCGAGCCACACGCUGCCACCAGGCCGUCGAAUCGAGGAGAAUAGACUCUUCGCAUCUCAUCCCUUUCACUUCUUGGCCCCUCUCCUUUACCGUUGCCCAUCAUGUCUGCUGUAUUCAAGCCCUCGAUCGCCCCGGUGCCAUCGGCCAACGACUUCCUCGACAUCGUCCUGUCAAAGACGCAACGAAAGACGCCCACAGUCAUCCACCCGGGCUUCAAGAUCACACGUAUCCGUGCAUUCUACAUGAGGAAAGUCAUGUUCCUCAAGGACAUCAUCACAGAGAAGUUCGAUGGCAUGCUGCAAGAGUUCCCCAUCUUGGACAACCUCCAUCCCUUUACCUCGUCGCUGAUGAACGUCCUCUACGACAAGAACCACUACAAGCUCGCGCUGGGACAGAUCAAUACCGCCAGGCAUCUCUCCGAACAAGUGGCGAAAGACUACGUCAGGCUCAUCAAGUUCGGUGACAGUCUGUACAGGUGUAAGCAGCUCAAGAGGUCUGCCAUGGGAAGGAUGGCUACCAUCAUUCGCCGGCAGAAGGACCCUCUGGCCUACCUCGAGCAGGUCCGUCAGCACAUUUCCCGUCUCCCCUCCAUUGAUCCCUCGACUCGUACUCUUCUUAUCUGUGGAUACCCCAACGUAGGCAAGUCUUCUUUCAUCAACAAGGUCACUAGGGCAGAUGUAGACGUACAGCCUUACGCUUUUACCACAAAGUCGCUCUUCGUCGGCCACAUGGACUACAAGUACCUGCGAUGGCAAGUGGUGGACACCCCAGGUAUCCUCGACCAUCCUCUGGAGGAGAUGAACACCAUUGAGAUGCAGUCCAUCACUGCUCUCGCCCACCUGCGGUCAGCCAUCCUAUACUUCAUGGACCUGUCUGAGCAGUGUGGCUACACCAUUGAGGCUCAGGUGCAGCUGUACCAGUCGAUCAAGCCCCUUUUUGCUAACAAGCCCACCAUACUAGCACUCAACAAGUCAGAUGCGAUGCGCCUGGAGGAUCUAGAGCCCUCUCGUGCCGCUCUGGUGCGAAGCCUGGUGGAAGACCCCGACUCCUCGGUGAUGCUUUGCGAGAUGAGCACAUAUACAGAGGAAGGAAUCAUGGAGGCCCGGAACAAGGCAUGUGAUGCCUUGCUGGAGAUGAGGGUGGAGCAGAAGACCAAGGGACCCAAGGCCAAUGCCAUCCUCAACCGUCUGCACGUUGCUCAGCCUCAGAAGCGAGACGACAUCGAGCGCAAGCCAGUGGUGGUUGCUGCCGACAGGAAGAAGUUCGACAAGGCGGACCCGGAGCGACGCAAGACUGAGCGAGACAUCCAGGAGGAGCACGGAGGUGCUGGUGUCCAUUCGAUCGACUUCAAGAAGAAUUACAUCCUGGACAAUGAUGACUGGAAGUACGACGUCAUCCCUGAGAUUCAGGGUGGAAAGAACAUUGCAGACUUCGUCGACCCAGACAUUCUGGAGAAGCUUGAUGCUUUAGAGAGGGAAGAGGAGAGGCUCGAGGCGGAUGGCUUCUACGAUGAGCUCGAGGGCAGCGAGGAAGAAGAGGACGAGGAGGAGCGUGAGGUACGAGAGGCCGCCGAGGCCAUCAGGGCCAGGCAGCUGCAGUCCAAGACGCUGAGUCAGGCCAAGAACAAGGUCAAGCACCGCGCUCUGAUCCCUCGCAAGAUGCAGACAAGGAUGCUGAGUGACAUGAGCGAGAACCUCAAGGCAAUUGGUAUUGACCCCAGCUCCAUCGAGGCUAGGGCUCAGCUGCUGGCUAAGGCCAAGGGCAUGCAGGCUGCUACGGGCAAGCGAGCUAGGCGGGACGAAGACGACGACGAUGAGGAUGCCGAGAUGGACGAUGAAGAUGACGCUGAAGACUCUGCCGCCUGGGAGGACGCCGAUGAGUCAAUGGACGUCGACACCACUUCCCGCUCGGCCAAGAAGCUCAAGACGCCCUCGGGCGCUACGCGUGUGCAACUCGCCACUGCCGGUCUGGGCAGUACGACCAAGUCCGGAGGUCACCCAUCCGCAAAGGCCGGCCUGGUCAGGAAACCCACGCAGAACCGUCAACUGCAGGGUCUGCCACGUGCGGAGCUGCAGAGCAAGGUGAGGGAUCUAAACGAUCUCAGUCUGAGGGAGAGGAACAGGAAUGCCAAGGCCUCGGAGAGUGACAGGGCCAUCAAGGAGAAGAAGCCAAAGUGGCUCUUGGCCGGCAAGAGGAAGAAUGGUACUCACAGGAGUCGUUAGAGAGGUCCCUCUCCGUCGAAUGUCGAAUGGGUCACCGGCAAGG